CUCCAUUGAAGAAAAACAAAAGCCAUGGACAGAGAACAAGAAGAGAUGCAGUUUCUAGGAUUCUUUGGUGUCUUGAAAGAAUCCUACAAGAUCAUAGCUGCAUGGAGCAAGAUCUUCAACAAGAUCACCUUAACUCUCAUCCUCCCUCUCUCCUUCAUAUUCCUCAUCCACAUAGAAGUAUCCAACAUCCUAUUCGGCAAGAUCAUGCACAACACACAGCAAAUGAUGGAAACCCCACAAGGCACACCCCAAUACCGAAAGCUCUCAGACAUUAUCUCUUCUGAAUGGGCCACGUUCUUCCUCUUCAAGCUCUUUUACUUCACUCUUCUCCUUAUCUUCUCCCUCCUCUCCACCUCCGCAGUGGUCUACACCGUCGCUUCCAUUUACACUGCAAGAGAUGUCACUUUCACCAAGGUCAUGAGCGUUGUUCCCAAGGUAUGGAAGAGACUCAUGGUCACCUUUUUGUGCAGUUUCGUUGCCCUUUUUGCCUACAACGUUAUGUCACUGCUUGUUUUCAUCAUAUGGGCACUGAUAUUUGGAGGGAACAGUAGUGGAAUUGCGGUUUUAGUGGCCUUGGUGGUUGUAUACUUGGCAGGGUUUGUGUACUUUACGGUGGUUUGGCAAUUGGCUAGUGUUGUGACUGUGUUGGAAGACUCUUAUGGGGUUCAAGCCAUGGUGAAGAGCAAUGAGUUGAUAAGGGGGAAGAUGGGUUUGUCCAUACUCAUAUUUUUCAAGCUCACAGUUUGGUUUGGGUUGAUACAGUUUUUGUUCAAGAAAAUGGUGGUACAAGGAUGGAGCUUGGGGUCUGUGGAUAGAACAAUUUAUGGGAUACUGUGUUUGGUGCUGUUCUCUCAAUUGUACUUGUUCCAACUUGUUAUCCAAACUGUGCUUUAUUUUGUUUGCAAGUCCUACCACCAUCAAAAUAUUGACAAAUCUGCUUUGUCAGAUCACUUGGAAGUUUAUCAUGGAGAGUAUGAACCGUUGAAGGCUAAAGAUGUUCAGCUGGAGCAGUACCAAGUUUGA